AUGUCCUAUCCUCAGCCACAAUCAUCAUUGCAUUAUCAACAGAAAAAUAGAAUAGUACAUCGAAAUACAAACGCCUUCGAACCAAAAUCUUUACCACAACGAUCAAAAUGUAAACCAAAGAAUUUACUUCAUCCUUAUAGAAUAUCAAAAGAUCGUCAUAUGAAUGACACUAAUACUUCUAAAGAAGAAAUGAUAAACAAAAUAAUAUCUAUAGAAUCUGCAGAUCAUGAAGUAGAAUUUUAUAUGGUGAAAAAACCAACAACGAUUGUAGGACGUCAUCAUUCAUCACAAAUGGCUGAUGGUGAUAAAAAAAAUGAGAUUAUUCUAGAAAAUUCUUUUGAUGAAUUUCAACAACAAAGGUUUACUAAUGAUCAAGAACAUAUUAUCGAUAUGAUGUAUAAAGAUAUAAUACGACCAGUACCAUAUAAACCAACUGUCAACAACCGAUUGAAAACGUCGUUGGAUUUGAAGUCAUUGAAAAAUCCGAUUUCACAUUUACCUUCUUCUCAAAUUUGUCAAUCAACAUUGCCAUUAAAUCGUACUUCUACAUGGCGUAAACUUCAAGCAAAUAUUACUCCAUCGCAUUAUAAUCGUAUUCAACAAUUUCAACGAGAUCUUCAGCAACAAUAUCAUUCACUAUCAACUAUUCAUCCUAUUAUGCUAUCACCCCUUCAUAAACGGUCAGAGAUUGAUAGCUCUCAACCAUCAAAAGUUAUCUCAAAUAUUACCGAUUCUUAUGUAUCAUAUACAUCAUUAUCUAUUGAUUCUCCGACUAAUUUAUCCAAUUCAAGUGCUGACCAUAGAAUUAUUCAAUCGAUUGAUGUAGAUCAAAAAUUCGUUGAUAAUGAUGAUAAUUCGAAUACAAUGAAUCCAGUCACACAUUCACUUGAAACAGCACAUCAGACAAUACCGAAUUCUCCAUCAACAUUGUCUAAUAAUGAUAUCAAAGAUGAUUCUUCUACAAAUAUGUUAGUACAAAUAACACCUAACGGACCAUUAUUACAUGAAACUGAGAAUAUCGAAGAACUUCCAACUUUUAUUGAAAUAUUAUCUCCAUCACAAGUUCCAUCUAUUUUUCUCAACGAUAUUCUAUCUUCAUUUUUUCCAACCAUAUCAACACAACUUGCUUCAACAUCAUCGAACAAUAAUCUUCUUGACUUCCAUUCUCAUCAUUAUAUUAAUAAUGAUAUCAGUCAAACACCAUACAUAUUAUUUGAUGCUACUGGAAAUAUGACUGAAAUUUUAAGUGUUGAUUCACUAUCAUCAUCACCAUUUGUUGAAUCUAACAUUGUUGUCGAAAAUCAUCAACCAAAAAAAGUUCAUUCACUAUUCGAAUCUAUAGAAGAACUAUGUAUAUUAAUUCGAACACUUCUUCAACAUGAAUUAACUGAACAAAAGAUAACAUCUCUACGAGUAACAAUCGCUAGUCAACUUGCUAUCUUAUUAACCUAUUUAGCAAUACCUAAUAAUGAAAAGAUCAUAUCUGAAUUGAUGAGGAAGAAGAAUACUAACGAAAAAAUGAUAUCGACCAAUGAAAAUGAUUGUUCUCAAUUUUCAACUGUUGAAACACAAACUGAUAUUGAGUGGACUCUUCAAUUAAAUAAUCAAAAAGUAUUCGAGUCUGCCAAUCCUAUACAUUUUCAUACUGAACCAAUUCAUAAUAUACUUGAGUUUUCAAUGCAUAAAUCCUCAUCGUUUGAAAUGAAACAAGAAGAAAUUAUUGAUACAUCAUUAUCAUUACAAAAAGUAACAAGUCACACAGAAUUAAUGUCAACAAGUGUUAGUUUUCAUUUACCUGGUCAUCAAUUGAAUCAUGCUUUUUCAGAUACAUUUAUUUAUCAUAUUCAUCAUCAUCAACAAUAUUCAUCUUCUUAUCAUCAAUUAAUUUCAUAUUCUGAAACAACUAUUAAUUCAUUAAUACGUCGUUUUCAUCAUCGUUGGACAAUAAAAGAAGAAACGAAACAUUUAUUUAAACGUAUUGAACAAAAAUUUCAACAUUAUAUUGAAUUAGAUUCUUCAAAUACAUGUUUAGAAGUUAGUACAGAAUUUACACCAGAUUUUCUUUUAACAACGAUCAAUAAUUCAAAAUAUUAUGACGAAAAUGAUGAUGAUCAAACAGAACAAUUUGGUAUUGAUACUGAAAAACAAGAUUAUCAAACUGAUACAAUAUCUUUAGCUACCAAUGAACAACAAGAUAAAAUCGAUACAUGUAUAUCUAAUUCGACUGAAAAAGAUAAUUAUGAUAGUCUAGAUUUUGAUAUUGAACAAGAUAGUGAAGAACAUCUACUGUGCACUUCAAUUGAUAUUUAUCAAUCAAAUCAAUGUUCAUUUAAUGAAUCGAAUGUUGAAGAAGAUAGUAUACCAAAAAGUUCAGUGAUUGAGAUCAAUUAA